GCGACAUUUUCAAACGAUUUUCGCGGUUUACGGCUAGUUUACAACUUUGCUACCUCCAUGGUGAGUGGAGCAAAAUGUUCAACAAGAAACCCCGGAGAAACUUUCGGCAAAGAAAAGACUGCUCCAGCGACGAUGAGGACCAGCCAAAGAAGAGCGAAGAAGGAGAGGAAAACCCGGAGAAAACCGCUCCAGCUGUGGUAAAUAAGCCCCGUAAAGCCGCGCAGAGCCGCGGCAUCACUUGCAGCUCCAAGCGGGAAGCGACGCCUCCGAAGCCGGAUACCAGUGACGGAGAAGACGGGGAGAGCGUGGAAACGACAGAAGAAAGAGAAGAGAGAAAGAAAGACAAGGAGGGGACCAAAAAGAAAGAAACCUCUGUUUUGAGUUUCUCCGAUGAUAAGGAAUCUGAGGAGUCUACCUUUAAAUUGAAGAAGUCAUCUGAGAAAGCAGUUCUGUUCCAAAUUAAGAAGAAGGAGGCUCCGCCUGCCAAGACCAUCAUCAGCACAGGUGCUGGUGGUGCUGUCUCAUCAUCUCCUUCACCCAGGCAAGAUUAUAGCAGUCAGGCUUCACCACAUUCUGUGGAUGAUGAUGACGAAGAUGAUGAUGAUGAUGGUGAUGACAAUGACAACAAGGAUAAUGGGAGCAAUGAUGACAGUGAUAGCGAUGAACGUGGAGUGGGAUCUCCUUCAGCCAGCUCAGCCUCAGACUCUAGCAGUUCUGCUUAUACGCCGGUAAAUAUCCCCAAUGCUAGAGAGAUCGAGGCAGCCAAGAGACGGCGUCGUGCCAAUCGAACCCAGAAAGAAUUCAUUCCCCUCAGCAGAGAUGGCCAGAGUUCGGCUGGCAGCACCCCAGAUCACUACAGCAGGGAGGAUGAAGACGACAGAGUCGAUGAUGAUAAUGAGCUGGAUGAUCACGAGAGGAGAAUCGAGUUUGCCCCACGGAUGAGGAGCAUCAGGGAAAGAAUUGCUGAGAAACUUGGAGAAAGUGAUGGCAGUCGGUCAGGGACUGAUGGGGAGGAGCAGGAACUCUGGGAAGAGACACAAAUUGGGAAGGGAGUCAAGAGACGACCAGGGGAGCAGAGCCCAUCUGGCAGUGACUCCAGCAGCUACAGCAGCAGUAGUAUAAGCAGGCGAGACAGAGGAAGACAGAAAAGGAAAUCUGCAGGAGUCAAAGUUCCAAAGAUGCUUCCUCCUGUCACUGUCUCAACGGUCAAGAGAAGGAUCGCUGGAAAACUUGAGUCAUUGAAGGAGGUGUACAGAGCACGCCAGGCAGAGCUCAGAAGGAUGGAGGGCGAUGUUGAGGGUGCUAAAACCUCGUUGGAGAAUCUGGAGGAAAGCUCCUCAGAGAAGCAGCUAAAGUUUUACAGGACCAUGACGACUUAUGUCCACAACAUGGUGGAGUGUUUGCAGGAGAAGGUUGUUGAGAUCAACUCUUUGGAGCUGGAGUUGCACACUCUGCUGUCUGACCAGAUGGAGGCGCUGUUGGCUCAGAGACGAGAGAAGAUUAAGGAGCAGGCAGACCACCUGCAGCAGCUUAGCUAUAACACAGCAGAGCAGAGUGCAAGUUCAGCCAAUGGAUCAGAAACUCAGUGUGAGGUAAGCGUCGGUGGUAAAACUGAGGAAGACUUUGAUAUGCCUGAAGACACACAACCUUCAGCAGAAGAAGAGGAGCAGCUGCAGAAGAAAAUAGCUGACAUACUGUUGAGGUCUAAGGCGGUAUUUUCUGAUGUCCAAGAAGACUUCUGCAACGUUAAAAAGAUUCUGUCUCGCUUUGAAGAAUGGAGGGAAUGCUACUCGGAGUCCUACCACAAUGCUUAUAUCUCUCUGUGUCUGCCCAAGUUGCUGAACCCCAUCAUCAGGCAUCAGCUGCUGGCGUGGAACCCUUUAAAAGAUACCAGUGGAGACUUUGAAAACCUCCCGUGGUUCACAGCAGUGGAGACCUUUUGUCAUGGACAUGGCCACGAAGAGCUGGAGCACACAGACAGACAGACGCUGUCCAGCGUCAUAGAAAGGACCGUUGUACCCAAAAUGACUGCCUAUGUGGAGCUGGUGUGGGAUCCCAUGUCCCACCAACAGUCUGUCUGUCUGACUGAUGUGUGCCACAGUCUGAAGGAGGACUAUUCUAUCUUUGAAGGAGAGCAUACUAAACCAGUCAAGGCAUUCACAGAGGCUCUGGUUCGCAGGCUGAGAAGCUGUGUAGAUGAAGAUGUCUUUAUUCCCCUGUACCCCAAAAAAUUUCUUGAAGAGGCGUCUUCACCUCAGCGUCACUUCAGAGAUCAGCAGUUCUGGACAGCUGUAAAACUCCUAGGCAACAUGGGGAAGUGGGAUUUACUGCUCCCUGAGUCUGUAUUGAAAGAACUGAUGCUGGACAAGCUGUUGAACCGAUACCUGAUGACCACACUGUGCAGUCAGACGCUGUCCAACAAUGCUGUUUAUGCAUGCAAAAAGAUAGCAGAUGGUCUACCCCCGUCUUGGUUUGAAGGGGAGAGCACCUGUUUGCCUCAGCUCCAGAAUUUCAGAAACCACAUAGUUCAGAAAGUUCAUGCCAUCUGUAAACAGCAGCCUCCCAAAGAUCCAAACACCAGGUCUGCUGUGGUUGACCUACUGAAGGUUUUGAGUGCAAUCAGAUGCCACGACUCCAUCAUGGCCAUAGCAGAAAAAUACCACUAUGAAGAUGCCAUCUACUCUCAUCAGCUGCUGAACCCAGAGACUGCAUGAGUCUCAAAGAGAUCAAAGGAAGACGGCUCAAACUGAAAUACCAACCGCCUAUGUGAGGUGGCGUGCACAAAACUGUAUGCUCCACCUUGACUGAAGCAAUAGUUGAGAUGAACACUUGUUUGUAAAAUAAUUCACAUUCCUACGAUUUGGAAUCGUGAAUAUGUCGCUGUUUAAACAAGAUAAUUGGAUUUUUUUAUGAAUAAAUGACUUUUGUGAUUGUUUGUUUAAA